AUGGAUGAAGGCUUAAAUAAAGAAGCAACUGCAUAUACUUUACAGAAUUCCUCGGAAGCUUUGCUUUCUAUUCAGCGAUUAGAUUUUAAAACAAGUUUUCUGGAAGUAGUCGAAGAAUUGCGUAUGAGAAGAGAGGCAGAAAUUCAUGAUGAGAAGCAAAUUAGCAAGUUUAUUAUUGAAAAACAGGAACUUGAGUGGCAAAAGGAAGCUCUUCAAUAUCAGAUAGAAACAUUAAACAAGCAGCAUUCAGAAGCCAUGACAACCUUUAAAAAACAGUUUCAAGCAAGAAUAUUGGCUGUUGAAGAAGAAAAGGGGAGGUACCUACUUGCCGAAGAAUCAAAAGAAAAAGAAAUCGAAGGACUGAAGGAAACAUUAAAAAUGUUACAGAUUUCAAAAUACACUUUACAAAACAAGCUUAAUGAAAUGGAACAAACAUUACAAUUACACAUGUUGGCCAAAGAAGAUCAUCAGAAGAGCCUGAACGAAGUAGAAAAAUGCUAUGCAGUUAUUACAUGUCAAUUUGGAACAAUAAAAGAAGCACAUGAGAGACUGGAGCAGAAUGUUGUAGAAGCAAUCCAGCUCAAUAAGAAAUUGAUAGCAGUGAAUAAAAGGCAAGAAUCUGAGAUAGAUAAUUUAAAAGAGGAACUGAAGAAAGUCACUGCAGACUUGAUAAGGUCUAAUGUCACUGGCCAGCACAGAGCAGGAGAAGAAAAUCUCAGUCUAAUAGCAAAGGAACAGGAGUUACAAAAGCUGCAGCAAAAACUGUCAAUGGCAACUGAAUUAAAGACAAAAAUCACUGAAGAAAAUGAACACCUUAAAAAAGAGAAGCAGACCCUUGAAAGAGAUAAUGAGCUGCAAAGGGAGAAGGCAAAAGAAAAUGAAGAAAAGUUCCUUAAUCUUCAGCAUGAAUAUGAGAAAGCUCAAGCAACUUGGAAAAAUGAAGAUGAACAGUUGUCUACUGAAAGUGAAAUGCACAGCAAUCAAAAAGAAAACAAAUAUGCCCAAGCAACAACAGAAAUUUCUAAUGAUCUCGAAUUAGAAAAAAUGAGAGGAAAAAAUACUGUAACUUGCUCUUUGGAUUCUGAUGAAAUACACAUGGAACAAAAUUACGCAGAUAUAAAUGCAGGGGAAGUGAAUUCAAUCCAUGUUGAAGCUUUAAAUUGCCUUGAAAAUUGUGUGAAUGAAAAUGAUAUAGCUUGUCUUUGCAAACAAAACCAAAGGGAGGCUUCUGAAAGCAAACCCCUCUGCAUGCUCAGUUUCAUUACUCCAGGGCUGACCUCUGGGUCAUGUGUUGCUGAGUGUGAAAAAGCAGCUGCUAAUGAAAGAGAAGACGAAUUUUUGUCUGAUGAAAUACAUGCGAGAGUAGAAAUUAAGCUCCCAAACAGGUGCCACUCCAUGGUACCAGUCAAAGACCCCAAGAUGCUCCCCAAACCACUCAUUUCCAAGACAAAUGAAAACAUCAGCAAUGCAACCCAUGAAGGUUCCUUCACAAGUAAACCACUUGAUAAAGAUUCCAAAGUGCAGGACAACAACGCUAGGGAGAAAACGACAAACAACCACACUAAGACUAAAGUUAAUUCUGGCACCCUGUCACAGAAAAUACAGCAUAGUCAACCUACCUUCUACAGCUAUGGCUUGCAGCAGUCUAGUGAUAUCAGUAAAGCUGAAACAACUCACAGCACUGAUUGCGUAACCUCUAACAACCAUUUAUGCAAACAGAUUAAUACUUCCCAUGAAGAAAUACAUAUUGGUGAUCCAUGCAAAAAUAAUAAAUGUGAGCUCCACAGUACUGGCAACACACCAGAGAACAUUCCACAUUUGCAUGCUUCUGUUUAUAACAGUUUAGUUUUGAAUAUUCAUGUUGCCGGUGAGGACAACACCAAUAAUACACCUCUGGAAGGGAACUUAACUGUGAAUGCUGCAGAACUAUCUAAACAUAUUGAUAUAAAUGAGAGGCCAAACAAACAGUUAGAAGAAGACAGUUUGAGACUGCCAGAAAUGACUACAGAUGUACCUAAGCAUACAAAUGAAGUUUUGCCUCUCAGCACUGAAAAUGAGUCUCAGGCUGUAGAUCUGAAAAUGGAAAAAAUUACCAGAAAUAAACAAAAAGAAUUCCAUGCUUUGAAAACUAUGCGUGAACAAUUUCUUGUAGUGUAUGAUAAAGAAACUAUAGUGCUAAAUGAUAAGGAAGAAUCAUUAUGCAGUACAGUUAAAGGGAAAAUGACCGAGGAAGAAAACAUGGAGGAAUUUUGUUCUUUAUCCAUAAAGUCAUCUGGCGAUUUAUUAAAUGAAAAUGGAAAAUCAUCCUUUGAUCUGCCGAGUAAGGAUAAAACUGUAAAAAUUUCAGCACGCUUAGAUUUACCAAGAGGAUGUCAAGGUGAAAGUCAGAUUGUGUCUGCUUCAGCUUCCAAAAUGCCUUUCUUUUUGAAAGAACAACUAAGUACUCAAGAAAUAAAAAAUACUCAUUCAAGAAAAAUUGGUGAAAAUAUGAACAUGAAAAGUGCUGAAAAAAGAGAAAAAACAACUUCUACCAGCAUGACUAGAGUUGCUGACACUUUGAAUUCUGAAAGUAUCAAUCCAGGCCUCAAGAGAAAUCCUACUGACGAAUGGAAUGCAAUAGCAAAGACUUUUUAUGAACCUUAUUUUCCCACAGAAUACGCCAAAACACAGUGUCCCUCAGGACUGCAACAGAAGUCUUCUCAACUCAUCUUUGAAGAAAGCACGCUUCUGUUAAAUCAGAGCCCACACAACAGUGAAGGAAAAGACUGGAAUUCCCAGAAUGUUUCCAUAAAAACAAAACUCAACAACAUUGAAAAAUUUCUGUAUUUGGAAAAGUACUGUCAGCCAAGAAAAAGAAAGUAUGAGGAUGACCCAGAAAAAGCAAUGACAGCCAAUACAGCAGAAAUGUAA